AGCCAUGAGAGCAAGCAAGGGGAGGAGGGAAUCAGGGGGAAGAGGGAAGCAGGGGGAAGAGGAAAGCAGGGGGGAGAGGGUAGCAGGAGGAGGAGGGAAGCAGGGAGGGGAGGGAAGCAGGGGGGAAAGGGAAGCAGGGGGAAGAGGGAAGCAGGGGGAAGAGGGAAGCAGGGGGGAGAGGGAAGCAAGGGGAGGAGGGAAGCAGGGGGAAGAGGAAAUCAGGAGGGAGAGGGAAGCAGGGGGGAGAGGGAAGCAGGGGGAGAAGGAAAGCAGGGGGAAGAGGGAAGCAGGGGGAAGAGGAAAUCAGGGGGGAGAGGGAAGCAGGGGGGAGAGGGAAUCAGGGGGAGGAGGGAAGCAGGGGGAAGAGGGAAGCAGGGGGAAGAGGGAAGCAGGGGGAAGAGGAAAGCAGGGGGGGAGGGAAGCAGGGGGAAAAGGGAAGCAGGGGGAAGAGAGAAGCAAGGGAAGGAGGAAAUCAGGGGGGUGGGGGAAGCAGGGGGGAGAGGGAAUCAGGGGGAGGAGGGAAGCAGGGGGAGGAGGGAAGCAAGAGGAAGAGGGAAGCAGGGGGGAGGGGGAAGCAGGGGGAGGAGGGAAACAGGGGGAAGAGGGAAGUAGGAGGAAGAGGGAAGUAGGGGGAAGAGGAAAGCAGGGGGGAGAGGGAAGCAGGGGCAGGAGGGAAGCAAGGGGAGGAGGGGAGCAGGGGGAAGAGGGAAGCAGGGGGAAGAGGGAAGCAGGGGGAAGAGGGAAGCAGGGGGGAGAGGGAAGCAGGGGGAGGAGGGAAGCAGUGGGAAGAGGGAAGCAGGGGGAAGAGGGAAGCAAGGGGAAAAGGGAGGCAGGGUGAAGAGGUAAGCAGGGCGAAGAGGAAAUCA